CCAUGGCGCUGUGUGAGUGAGGGAGUGAGAUAGAGAGAGGAGCCCGGCGGGAUACCGGAGACUGGAGACCAUGGGCUCCCGGGUGAAGCAAAACCCAGAGACCACAUUUGAAGUUUAUGUGGAAGUGACCCGCCCAGCAACAUCCAUCGAAGAUCCUGAGCUGCAGAGGAUCUUCCCUGAAGAUUUCAGUGACCAGGAGGUCCUACAGACUGUCACCAAGUUUUGCUUCCCAUUCUGCCCGGAAAGCCUCUCAGCCAGCCAAGUUGGGCAGAAUUUCACAUUUGUGCUGACUGACAUUGACAGCAAGCAGAGAUUUGGCUUCUGCCGGUUAUCUUCAGGCGCUAAAAGCUGUUUUUGUAUCUUAAGCUACCUCCCAUGGUUUGAAGUCUUUUACAAACUUCUGAACAUCUCAGCAGAUUAUUCCUCAAAAAAACAGGAUAACCAGCGCAAUGAACUUCUUGAAACAUUGUACAGAUUGCCGAUCCCAGAACCUGGAACGUCCGUUCAUCUGAGUGUGCAUUCCUACUUCACAGUGCCUGAUUCUCGAGAACUGCCUAGCAUACCAGAGAAUAGAAAUCUGACUGAAUAUUUUGUGGCAGUAGACGUGAAUAAUAUGCUGCAUCUCUAUGCCAGUAUGUUGUACGAGCGCAGGAUUCUAAUUUGCUGCAGCAAGCUUAGCACACUGACUGCCUGCAUUCAUGGAUCGUCCGCCAUGCUGUUUCCUAUGUACUGGCAACACGUUUACAUUCCAGUUCUUCCUCCACACCUACUGGACUACUGCUGUGCCCCCAUGCCCUACCUCAUUGGAAUACAUUCAAGCUUAAUGGAGAAGGUGAAAAUGAUGAACCUGGAAGAUGUUGUGAUUUUAAACGUGGACACCAAUACCCUGGAGACUCCGUUUGAUGACCUGCAGAACCUGCCUACUGAAGUGGUUUCCGCAUUAAAGAAUCGACUGAGAAAAGUCUCUACAACAACUGGAGAUGGAGUCGCACAAGCCUUCUUGAAGGCUCAAGCAUCUUUAUUUGGCAGCUACAGGAGUGCACUAAAAAUUGAGCCAGAAGAACCCAUCACAUUUUGUGAGGAAACCUUCGUGUCCCAUCGUUCUAGUAGCAUGAGGCCAUUCUUACAGAAUGCAAUCCAACUACAACUUUUUAAACAGUUCAUAGAUGGACGACUUGACUUAUUAAACACAGGGAAUGGUUUCAGUGAUGUGUUUGAGGAGGAGAUCAACAUGGGUGAAUAUGCAGGCAGCGAUAAAUUGUAUCAUCAGUGGCUCUCAACAGUAAAGAAAGGAAGUGGUGCCAUCAUUAAUACCAUGAAGACCAGAGCCAACCCAGCCAUGAAGAAUGUGUACAAGUUUGCUAAAGAUCAUGCGAAAAUGGGAAUCAAAGAGGUGAAAAACCGCUUGAAGCAGAAGGAUAUGGCAGAAAACGGAUGUGCUGCUGUUCAAGACGAGCCACUUCCUAGAAUGUCACCUUCACCAUCUGCUGAAAAAAAAGAUUCCAAAAGCAGAGAGGAAAGGAGACCAAUCACAGUACAUUUUGGACAGGAAAAGAUCCCUCCAGCACGACCUCCGCCUCCCAGGAUCCAGCGUGCCUCUGUGCCCGUUCGCCCUCCCAGGCCUAAUGUUGCACGAAGACCCAAAAGUAAUGCAGUUGUGGAAGGCCGCAGAACGUCCAUCUCUAGCCCUGAACACGUUGUGAAGCCCACACGCCACUAUACUGUCUUCCUCUCUGAAGAUUCCUCUGAUGAUGAAUGCCUGCAAGAGGAGGAAGCUGUCUCUGCCUUCUCUGAAAACUUUAUCUUCUCUGCUCCCUUUGAAUGGCCUCAACAGUAUCGAACACUGAAAGAAUCAGAUGCUGACGGUGAUGAAGUGAUUAGUCCAGAGAAGGAGAAUGAGGAUGUGAUUGGCGAGGAGCCACCUAGUACACAGCUUACACAUAUCAGUCUUCUGGAGGACAUAUUUAAUAAUUUAGAGGUUGAGUCCCAGCCAUUGAGCCAAGCUAAGAGUUUGGAAGACCUUCGUACUCCAAAGGAUGACCAAGAAAACCACUUCAGUUUUGAUUACCAGAGAAUGGAUUUUGCUGUACCAGACAGAAAUCGCAUGGUCCCCACAAUAAAACCCAGUCAUCCAUACAACAAACUUUGGAGCAUGGGACAAGAUGAUAUGGCAAUCCCAACAAAGCAUCUCCAAAUUUCACCUGAAAGAUACUUAACCCUCCCUGACAGCACUAAAACAACACCACACAGGCAGAGUCCUUCAGCUUCUACAGAGAGAGAAGGAAUGUGCAGCAACUUACAGGGCAGUAUCACAAUUCCACGACCACAUGGAAGGAAGACCCCUGAACUAGGAAUUGUUCCACCUCCUCCAGCAACCAGAAUAAGUAAACAGCAGAAUGCACCAGUGGUAACGGAACAUUGCAAAUUGCAGCCAGGGGAGACCAGCAAUAUUUCUUUACAAAAGAUGGCUGCAUCAUUUGGGGAUUCAUCACUGGAAGAUGAACAAACAUCAGAUUCUAGUUCUUUAGACUUGCUGCAGCCUGUCAAAGUGUCUGCUGAGGUUGGAGUAAAAGAUGAUCUGCUGAGCCUCUUGGAUCCUUUAAAGACAGGUCAGUGGCAAAGUGAAAGUCAUCUGCCUGCGAGCAGUGGUGUACAGAGCUCAGACAGUCUUCACAGUUCUAGCACUCCCUGCUUUACUCAUUUGCAAGGGGAUUUCACAUCUGGAACUUUCACUCCUCAAUUGGGGUUCCCUUCACCACGACCUCCAUUUCUACAUUCUCCUCUUAACCCAUUUGUCCAACCGAUAUCAAGAGAAACACCAAUCCCCGUAAUGGGUGGACCCUUCACUCCAGCAGUUGGCCCUGCUCUUGGGCCAAACACCCUGCUCCCUAGACCUGGAUUAUUCUAUAGUCCGAGACCUCACGCUUCAUUAAUGCCAGUAAGUAGUCCCUUUGUACCAUCAGCUUCACAAAUCAGUCCUUUAAUACAGCAAAGUCAAAACACCUCUGAAACACUUUCAAGCUUUCCAUCCACUAUCAGCCGCCCUACGGGACACAGAACUUUACCCAUGGUUCAUCCCCGAUCUAAAGCCCAGGAUGGCAAAUCAAAGGAGUAUCCAAUCAUCCCACCUAGGCCCUCUAAAGUGCCAGAAACUGUUUUGCAUCCGAUCAAGCCAGAACAACCCAGGGAUCCAUUUGAUGAUUUGCUUAGCAAGACUAAACAAGAAGUAACACAAACCACAGGUAAAGUGGAGCAACUCCGGAAGCGGUGGGAAACGUUUGAGUGAUAUCCAGGUCUGUAUUUUUUUUUUUUUUUCGUUUGUGAGCAGCAGAGGAUCUUACUACAUUGAAAAAGGAAGGCACUGCACAUGGGACAAUAUGAUUCAAAAAUCUGUCCACAUGACUUUAAGACGAUCCAGUUUUGCAAUUUAAGUAUUUGAUAUUAUAGAUAUAUAGUAUGCCAUGCUCUUUGUUUGGGUAACAUAUUACCAACUAGCUCUUGUUCCAUUUUGCGUGUUCACUUUAAAACUGAAAAAUAAUAGGCCUGUGGAAAAUUAGAGCUUAGUAAUAGACACAUUGUGUCUAGAGGAACACAUACAGUGCUAGAGGAACACAUACAGUGCUUGUUCAAUUAUGUCACUUAAAAGUCUAGUUACAAAAAAAAAAAUCACUUUAAUUGUCACCAUCUAUAAAAGUACAUGUCCACACAGACUUACUCUUCUAUAAUGGUAAUAUGUACCUGACACUUUACAAAGUAUUUACCGUUACACCUUACUCCAGUGUGAAGUGCUUGCCUUUUUAUUCGAACACAAGCAUAGAUUAUUUAGUAGAACAAACAUUAUUGGGACUGUACCUGUGACUUGAUAAGCAGUAUGUAUUAUUGAUUAUGAACCGUAUAAUCAGACUUGCAUUUUAUGCUGAGUUAUCAAAAUGUUGUUUUUUUUUUGUUUUGUUUUACUGCAGUGUUUUUGAUAUAUUAAAUCUGUAAUGUAAGGUUAUCUGAAAAGUGUGCAAGAUUAGGUCCAGAAUGACAUGAAUUUGCAGUAUGAACUACAUAUACAUAAGACAUAAUGUGUAACAACCUUGUACAGCCAAAAAACUCAAUGUAUUAAAAAAUGACACGUUUAGCCACAUGGAAGCAAUAGAAGAUAGGCCCUGCUCUUAAGGACUCACAGUGUGUUCUGUACUCUGCACACUUUUCAUCUAGUACUUUGCAUUAUAUUCACAUACACUAUGCUGCAUUGUUUACCACUGCUCUACACACUCUAAAUGUUGCUGUCUUGCAGUUCCGAGAAGGUCUAAAAUAUAUUGCAGUAUUAUUUGUUGGUAGUUACGCUACUUAGAUUCAUUUUUAAUAUAUGGCCCCGUUACAAAUACAGUAUUAUAUUUUUUAUUUUUUGGGGGGGUUGGAGGGGAGGGGAAAGUUUUUUUUUUUUUCUUUGCUUGUUAGUGCGUCAGCAUAUCUAAGCAAAUGUAAUAGUCUUCAUAGAAUAAUAUAGGCCCAAACAUAAUGUGAUUGCUCAUCUGCAUCUCAGACUGUGAUUGGCCCAGGUAUGGGAGGAUAUCUGAAUAGAGCAUAGACAGAUUCUAAUAUAGCAUCUGAUUUUAGUAGGAUUUAUUCAUAAAACAGUGAGAUGAAGCUGGAAGAAAAUGUUUAGGCACUUUGGAAAUCUCUUUAAUAAAC